AUGAGAUUAAGCUCGAGAGAGGAGGACAUGGGGAUAAAACAAGAAGACAAUGAUCAUUACAAAGCGAGAUAUUCUCUGUCUUCGUUGAGGCAAAAUCCAAGGAUCGUGAGAGUCUCGAGAACAUCCGGAGGCAAAGACAGACACAGCAAAGUGUGCACAGUUCGUGGUCUUCGAGACAGGAGGAUAAGACUGUCGGUGAUAACAGCAGUUCAGGUUUACGACCUUCAACAUCGAUUAGGGCUGAGUCAGCCUAGCAAAGUCAUUGAUUGGCUCUUAGAAGCUGCCAAAAACGACGUCGAUUUGCUUCCUCCUUUGGAAUUCCCACAUGGUUUUCACCCUAGUCUCACCGCCGGCGCGGGAGAAUCUUUUCCAGGGAUCUUCGAAAGUUUCGAUCUUGGAAGUUUCUCUUCCAGAAGUACUGAUCAUACACUCCAGAGAGAUAGUUUGGAUCUUGAGAAAGGAAAAUGGGUUAGUUUCGAUCAAAGCAGUAGCUGUGAUCAUCACUAUUUCUCGAAUUCAAGCCAAAGUAACAAACUUUGUUAUCCUACUCCGUUGGCGUACAAUAGCAGCAGCUUUUAUCAUUACAACCUCGGACACCUCCAACAGUCACUACUGGACAAAUCUGGUGAUGACGUUACUGUCGCAUUUCCCAAUGAUAAUCUCAAUCCGCCAGCGGCGGAAACUAUGAACUCUCUAUUUCCGAGGUACUCUUCGUUUCUUAGUAGUGGUCAACUUCAACUCUUUAGCUCCAACUCCAACUCGUCGAAGCAAACAGAUCAUGGUGAGUAA